AUGGGGGAAGGAGCCGAUGCGAAUGCGCUCCUGGGGCGGUUCUGCCCCCCCCUGGAUCCCAGUCUUGUGCUGGCGAUUGCAAGCGAGCCGGACCGCGACGAAGAGGAGCUGGCACAAAUUUUGCAGGGGCUCGCCGAUGCUACGCGCAUGGAAGACGCUGCCGAGCAGGAGGGUGAUGCGUGGCCCGAAGAUCCUGUGAAAGAGGAGCCUGCGCAAGAGGAGCCUGCGCAAGAGGAGCCUGCGCAAGAGGAGCCUGCGCAGGAGGAAGCAACGGCCAUGGAGGAACCUGCCGAGGACGGACCGUCCAAGAAAGAGCCUGUGGAUGUAGACUGCGAGCCUGUGCCAGAGCAGGCGCCCGAGCCCGCUGCCAUUUCGGAUGCACCCCUCGCCGCGGCCGUGGAAGAGCUGGCUGUGGACGACUAUGUCCUCGCCUUUCUCGUGCACUCCUUUCCCGACAAGCCCCCCGAGUCGCUACAGAAAGCGCUGGACGAUGCACACGGCGACGUGGACGUCGCGAUGGACGCACUCCUUGCCGAAGACAUGCUCAGCGAGGACGCACUUUUUGCGCAGAGCCUGCUCAACGAAGAGGAACAAGCUCGUCGCACACACACGCCCACCGAAGCCAAGCAUAUCCCCCGCGGCGGCCUCGAUCUGGACGCACUCGUAUCCGGCACACGCCCCAAGAAGGGCAGCAAGGCCAAAAGCAAGCUCCCCGGAAAGAAGCCCAUGACGGUCAGCCUGACCGACCAGCGCAGCGCACACCAUAUCUAUGCCGAGAAGCGCGGCGUGUCUACGCCCAAGCGCGAGAAAGCGCCCUCGCCGACGAUCGAGGCGGACGAGUUUCUGGACGACGAGGAGCUUGCGCGGCGUCUGCAGAAUGCCGAGCGCGACGCCGUUUCUGGCAACGAGAAGCUUGUCGUCGACCAGCAGUGGCUGCUUGCAUCCUCGACGCUUUCGCAGCUUGCGUCGCUCCUGGACGUCCCCCUUGCGAAGAUCCAAAGCAUAUUCCACCAGUCUUCGCUGAAUCUGCACGUCGCCAUGGCCCGUGCCAUUGCCUAUGCCGCCGCGCAGCCCGCUUCCAUCGCCGCGCAAGAGUCGCCCGUCUUCCCUACGGUCGUUGAGACGCUCGCGAGCAUUUCCAGCCGCGACCCCCGCAAGAUGGCCGAGGUGCUCGCAGCGACGCAAGGCGAGCAGUCUGCGGCGCUCGAUCUUCUCCAGCUGCAGGAUGUCGUUGCGCAAGCGGCGUCCGGUGCGAGCAAUCGCCCCGAUAUCCUCGACCCUACCGGGCAGCUGGUCGAUGAGAGCGCCGCGGCCACGACCUAUACCCCCACCGUCACGCAGAAGCGCAAGCCCGCCGUCGGCGGCGCGCCGCGGUGGCUCGACAGCAAGGCCACUUCGUACGCCGACCGUACCGCGCAGCCCGCAGCCGCGCUGUCUGGCAAAGCGCUUGCCGCGCGUGCGUUGUCGGACGGCCAAGCUGCGACCGUCUUCCCCGCGUCUGCGCAGCGUGUCGAGCUGAGCGAGUCGGCGGGUCUGGACCUGGACCAGUCCUACACGAGCGAAGAGUGCCGCCAGCGCGCCGACGAGCUCCGUGCCAAGCGCAAUGCGGCGUUGCGCCAAGCCGCUACCUCUGCCCGGCGCUACCGUGGCGGUGCAAUGGCCGGCCUGAGUGGCGCGGCGAGUGUCUAUGCCGAAGAGGCGCGCAAGUACGACGCGGCUGCGCGGCGGUGGCAGAUGCGUGGCGCCUCUGCGCUGGUCGACCAGCGGCGUGCGGACUAUACCGGUGUGAGCGAGUAUGCGGAGCGUAUUGAUCUACAUGGUCUUUCGGUGCACGAGGCGCUGACGGUGGUGGAGCACACGGUGCACCGUGCCUCGGCGCAGUCCUCGAGCCGCACCUUUCUCGAAAUUGUCACUGGGCGUGGCGUGCACAGCCGGCACAAUGUGUCGGUGAUCCGCCCGGCGAUCGUCCGCCUGCUCGCCCAGCGUGGCUACACGGUGGACAGCACCACGAACCCUGGCGUGCUCUACGUGAAGCACGCCAGGUAG